AAAGGGCGCAUUUGGCAUUACACUACGCCAUCUAGUGUCGUCAUUUGUGAAUUGCACGUGCUGGUGUGUACAAGUAGCCUGCGGAGCAGUCCGCUCGAACCAUUCUGUCAAUACAAGACUCGCUUGCGACACAUUGCGCAGGAAUAAAGCAAGAAGAGAGAUCCACCAAACCGAGAAAUUCACCUUAUCCCAUUAAUGAACCAAGGGAUGGCUUUCACGACGCCUGCCGUUCAACUGCACUUUAAAACGUGUAUUCUUCUACUUUUAUGGGGUCUGUUAAUCGAAGCUGCCCCAGCGCAAGGGAGCCUGUACAUGUGGAUUGAUGCCAAUCAAGCAAGAACAUUAAUUGGUUUUGAUGAAGAUAUUUUAAUAGUCUCUGAGGGCAAAAUGGCUCCAUUUACGCACGACUUCAGGAAAGCACAGCAGCGGAUGCCAGCAAUACCUGUCAAUAUCCACCACGUGAACUUCACCUGGCAAGCCACUGAUCAGGCUGAAUACUUCUAUGAGUUUCAGACUCUGCGUUCAUUGGAUAAAGACAUUAUGGAUGACCCUACUGUCAACGUCCCACUCCUAGGCACAGUGCCGCAAAAAGCUUCUGUGGUCCAGGUGGGCUUCCCAUGCCAAGGGGAUCAGGAUGGUGUUGCAGCAUUUGAGGUGACCAUCCUGGUCAUGGAUGCUGGGGGAAACAUCAUUCUGAGGACACCACACAAUGCAAUUUUCUUCAAGACCUGCCAGAGAGCAAAGUGUCCCGGCGGUUGUCGCAACGGAGGCUUCUGCAAUGAGAGGCAAGUGUGCGAGUGUCAGGAUGGUUUUUACGGCGUGCACUGUGAGAAAGCUGCUGUGUUUUUACCUAACCACUUCCCCAAAACACCUUUCAUCCAACACAGCUUCUGGCUGAUUGGUUUUGGCCAACGUCGCUGCCAAAACCACCAGGUUUUGUGCGCUCUGUGCUUGCCCAGAUGUCUGAAUGGUGGUCUGUGUAUGAGUCCGGGUGUGUGUAUAUGUCCUCCAGGUUACCAUGGACCCAGCUGUGAGAGAGCAAACUGCAGCACCACCUGUUUAAACGGAGGAACGUGUUUUCAUCCCGGGAAAUGCAUCUGCGCCGCUGGCUUUGAAGGAAGCCGCUGUGAUCUCAGUAAAUGUCGGCAGCCCUGCAGAAAUGGAGGCAAAUGCACAGGGAGGAACAAAUGCAAGUGCAGCAAGGGUUACCAUGGAGAUCUUUGCUCCAAAGCUGUCUGCGAGCCCAGCUGCGGAGCACACGGGACCUGUGUUGAGCCCAACAGGUGCGAGUGCAGGGAUGGUUGGCAUGGACGUCAUUGCAAUAAGAGAUUUCGUGGACUAGUAGUUUCCAACAGCCAGCGGGUCUCUGGUUCCAAGCACAAGGCACAGCCUGCAGCCGCAAGGGACGUUGUGGUAGCACCCGACUCCAAGCAUCUCUCAGACACCAACUAUGUGGUUUAAGCCUCUAAAUUUUGGCCGACGAUGUCUGGCCACCCCCCUCCCAUUCAACGUCGUCCUCCUCGGACCAAAGCUUUCAUCUUCCACUUCCGAUCCGACGCGACACUCCCGAACUGCUGCUUUUUCAGAGCGAGAUGUUUUUGUAGCACGGUCACGGUGUCUUAUUUUACCGCACUGGUUCCUUUGAUAUAAUAUCUUCCAGAGUUACCCUUCAUUUAGCUUCUGUACUGCAUUAACUAAGGGGAGUGAAUCAUUGGGUUGUUUGUAUGGUCUGGUGAACGUCUGUGAUGUGUGUGAGUAGCCCUGCGGUUUAGCUUCAAAUGUGGCGGUGAAUCACUUGUACAUAACUUCUUCUGUGUGUGGAUUCGGCUUUUCAUAAUUGCCAUGUUUGUCCACUGCUCAAGGUUUAUUACUUUGAAUGACUUUUUUGUAAACAUGUUGUUGUCGUCGCCUGUAUUAUUGUGGCUAACAUUCUGUUCUUUUAUUCAAAUUGCAUUUAUUUUGGUGAGGUUUCCGUGUCUUUCUAAAAUAUGUAUCUUAUUUGUGUUGUGUAAAAUUUUUAUAUAUAGAUUAUAUAUAGAGAGAUUAUACAUUAGUGUAGACCGCUUUCCAGUGUAUAUGCUUGAAGUUUUCGUUGUUAUGUAUAUUAAUGCACGUAAAGCUGCUCGUAGCCAAAGGCUUAAUUUUUCAUAUGUGUGACUUAAUGUAUUACACAAAUAAAAUCUUCAGCUGUUUUCAUUAA